AUGGCUGGCAUGCCCCCUCCCCCGAUCAAGAGCCUGCUUGGCAGGCACCGUCUUCUUGCACCCGCUGCUUCUGUUCGCGUCAGCCCAAUUUCCCUGGGAGGAAUGAGCUUGGGAAAUGCGUGGGCGCCGUUCAUGGGCGAAUGCACAAAGGAAACGGCCUUUGAGUUGCUUGAUGCCUAUUAUGACCUUGGCGGUAACUUCAUUGACACUGCCAAUGCCUACCAGGGAGGCCAGAGCGAGGAGUGGAUUGGAGAGUGGAUUGAGAAGACGGGCCGCCGCUCAGAGCUGGUUGUUGCCACCAAGUACACUCUGAAUCCCCGCGCGGGUCAGCCUGUGCAGCAGAGCAACUUCGGCGGAAACGGCACGAAGAGCCUGCACACUUCCAUCCACGACAGCCUGAAGAGGCUGCGCACCGACUACGUUGAUCUGUACUACGUCCAUGCCUGGGACUUUUCCACUAGCAUUCCCGAGCUGAUGCAGUCACUCAACACCUUGGUCUCUCAAGGCAAGGUCCUGUACCUCGGCAUCAGCGACACUCCGGCCUGGAUUGUCGCAAAGGCCAACGCGUAUGCCCGCGAGCACGGUCUUCGUCCCUUCUCCGUGUACCAGGGCCGGUUCUCCGCGCAGUCGCGUGACUUGGAACGUGACAUCAUCCCCAUGUGCCGCGAUGAGGGCAUGGCUAUCCAUGCCUGGGGCGUCCUGGGAAGCGGCUACUUCAAGUCCCCCGGAGAGAAGCCCAAGGAAGGAGGCCGCAACACGCCCCACAUGGUACUCGGCCGCGAAGAGCAGGUCUCCGCCGUUCUGGACAAGGUGGCCAAGCGCCGCAACGUCCCCGUGACUUCGGUCGCCCUUGCCUACGCGCUGCAGAAGACCCCUUAUCUGUUCCCCAUUGUCGGUGGCCGCAAGGUCGCUCAUCUCAAGACGAAUGUCGAGGCCCUCAGCCUGGAGCUGACCCCCGAGGAUGUUGCCGACAUUGAGAAGGGCUACGAUUUUGAUCUUGGCUUCCCGCACAACUUCCUGAACCUGGCUGGCUAUGCUCCGCAGGGGCCCCAGGAUGUCAGUUUCCUCGGCUCCAUGGGUCACUUUGACCACGUCUCCCCUCCUACGGCCAUCAAGCCGCACGGAAGUGAGCAGAAGACUGCUUUCAAGGCUUAG